UCUCCCCACCGCUGCUUCACUUCAAUGGGAUUGACAGAGCGAGCGCUUGCUGAGUCCGCUCCCUGUUCAGGAGACCAGGCAGCCGCACAGUGGGUCAGUCAUCUCCCCCCCACGCCGCCUGCUUUCAGCUCUCCACGUUUCCAGCCUGCGGAUGGAGUGAAGGGGCCAGAUGCCUCUUGUCUCUUCUCCCCAAUGGGACUCCGGAACAAAAUGAAGUAACGGAAUGGAGACGGCAGCCGGACUGGACACCAACAGCAAGGCUGCUGCUGCCUUUGGGGGGAGAGCCCUCAUUCUCUGUGCUGUGCUAUGUUGUACUUGCUACCUGGGACUUGCACAAGUACUGCCUGAAGAUGUGGACAUUCUCCAAAGGCUGGGCCUUAUUGGGAAAAAAGCACAAACACUGGCAUCGCCAUCUUCCAUGACGUUUCGCUCUGUUCCUCAGGGGGUCAUUCCUUUUAAACUGGGCGUCAUUCUCACACCGAGAGCUCGCAUCAAAGCACCUGUAGCAGCUGUUAUCCCUGCCUCCUAUGGCACUAACCUCACCCUCGUCCUGAGCGUGUGCUCCCACCGUGUCAACAAUGCUUUUCUAUUCACCGUCAGGAAUAAGAGAAAGAGACUGCAGCUUGGCAUGCAGUUCAUUCCUGGCAAAAUCAUUGUGUAUGUGGGACACAAACAGUCUGUCUAUUUCGAUUACGAUGUCCACGAUGGCCAGUGGCACGACAUGGCCAUCACCAUCAGAAGUCGAAAGGUUACUCUAUAUACUUCUUGUGGGAAGAAUCGCACUCAUGCAAAUUUGCAUUUCAAGAAAGAGGAUUCUUUGGAUCCAGAAGGUUCCUUUCUUCUGGGGAAGUUGGACCAACACUCGGUGCAGUUCGAAGGAGCUGUCUGUCAAUUUGAUAUUUAUCCCUCCGCUAAGGCAGCUCAUAAUUAUUGCAAAUACAUCAAGAAACAGUGCAGGCAGGCUGAUAUUUACCGGCCGAACCUCCUCCCCCUCCUCCCUCUUUUGCCGCCUUUCCCCAAUUCCUCUGCCCCGUCUCCUUCUCCGUUGACGCUGCGGAAGAGGAGCGGACCGGCGAACAGCUUCAGCGAGAGCGUGGCUUUGCUGGGCCUGGCCCCGACGUCGCCGAAUCUCAGCCCCUGGACCGUCAGGCGGACGGCGUUUGGCGCCACGGCCCCGCCCGCUGUGCUCCCCAUCCAGCAGCAGCAGGCCGCGACCACCAUCCGUCCGAAGCCGCUGAGAUCCACUACCCCCGUCCCGAGCGUUGGGUUCCUCCAGCUGACCCCUCACGCCGAGGCCACGGCGCCCACCCCGGCCAGAUCCACGGGGAAGGGCAGCACGACGUCGGAGAACCAGCAAGGGCUUCCCCGCCGAGCUCCUGCCGGCGCAGCCGCAAAGCAAGACUCCAGAGGGAGGGCCACGCCCACUGGGCACGCGACGGCGACGCCUACUUGGCACGCUAGGGCCACGCCGACUGGGCACGCUAGGGCCACGCCUACUAGGCACGCGACGACCACGCCGACUGGGCACGUGCCAGCACCCCCUCCAACUGCCACCGUGCCGGCCACGCGGAAGACCGAACGCCAAACCGCCAAGACCUGGAGGCCUGCCUCGAAGGAAGCAGUGGGCCGGGAAACUGAGCCAAUACCAGCCACAACGCCAUCGUACCCCAGAGUUACCUAUAGCGUGGUGUCGGUAACGCCUGCUGCCACAGAUGGAUACCAGACCUUUGGGAUGGAAAGCUUUACUGUUGACCCGAUGCUUCAAGGGCUCCCAGGUAUCAAAGGGGACCCAGGCCCAAUGGGUCCCCCAGGACCUCCAGGGUUACCAGGUUCACCUGGAAAACGAGGACCCCGGGGACGCCAAGGACCACAUGGAAACCCAGGUCGCCCUGGUCCCCCUGGCGUGAAGGGAAACAAAGGCGAACCAGGAAUUUCUCCAGGGAAGGCACUCAAUGGACAAAAGGGUGAUGUGGGUCGACCUGGUGCUGUUGGACUCCCAGGGCCUCCUGGUAGAAAGGGGCAGAAAGGUUACCCUGGACCAUCGGGCCAUCCUGGAGACCCAGGGGUGCGUGGACCUAAUGGGAGUCGAGGUGCCAAAGGUUAUCCUGGCAGGCAGGGUUUGCCAGGACCAAUGGGGAAGCAGGGACCGAAAGGCUUUCGGGGCUUCAUAGGCCCACGAGGGUUAAUUGGUCUUCCAGGAGCAGACGGAAAGCAAGGAAUACCAGGAGAAGCAGGGAAGAGGGGCAAGAUGGGUAGGCCGGGAUUUCCAGGAAAUUUUGGAGAGAGGGGAUCACCAGGCAUGGAUGGAAGUCCAGGAGAUUUGGGAGCCCCAGGACCUCCUGGCGUUCGUGGGCUGGUUGGGGAUAUGGGGCGUCUUGGGAAGAUGGGCUUGCCUGGACAGCGAGGACCGAAGGGGCUGAUUGGAAACCGCGGAGAACCAGGACUGAAAGGUGAUAAGGGUGAUGAAGGCAUUCCAGGAAUACCAGGAGAAACGGGUUUCCCUGGCGAUAAGGGCAACCCAGGGAUCCAGGGAAUGCCUGGAAUGAGGGGAAAACCUGGAAUCACUGGUAAAAUUGGUGAAAAAGGUCCAGUUGGAAUACCAGGACCUCCUGGUCUUGAGGGUUUCCCAGGAGACAUCGGGCUUCCAGGGCAAAAUGGUCCAGAAGGCCCCAAGGGAAAACCAGGAGCACGAGGCCUACCUGGGCCACAGGGCCAGCCUGGUCUAGAGGGCGAUGAAGGUCGAAUGGGACCACUGGGUGAUCCAGGCCCUGAGGGACGUCCUGGGAGGCGAGGAUUUCCUGGGAAACCAGGACCCGAUGGCCCAAAGGGUGAACCCGGCGAUACUGGGAAGGUGGGAAAAGUCGGAGAACAGGGACAACCAGGAUUCAUGGGACCCAUUGGCGAACUCGGAAAAGUUGGAGAAAAGGGUGACCGUGGUGAAACGGGUCCUCCAGGGCGUCCAGGAGUUAAAGGGGCAAUGGGACAUCCUGGACCUCCAGGAGAGCUUGGACCUCCAGGACCAAUUGGACCACCUGGUGCCAAAGGAGUUCGAGGAGCACCUGGAAUGAGAGGGACAAAGGGCCGCAGGGGUGCACGAGGUUCUGAUGGUCUGACAGGGGAGCCAGGUCCGAAAGGUAUCAAGGGAUCUGUAGGGAAACCAGGCCGGACUGGACCAGGUGGACAGAGGGGUAAAAGAGGGGAACCAGGAGAAACAGGAGCAACAGGUUUUCCAGGUAUUCCUGGACCUUCUGGUGCUCCAGGCGCUAAAGGAAUCCCGGGAGAGCCAGGACCACCAGGGCCUGAGGGGAUGAUUGGGUUGCUGGGGGAGAUGGGACCAAAGGGGCUUCCUGGCCCAACUGGAGAACCUGGACUCCCAGGUGACCCUGGAGAGAAGGGUGCAAUCGGACUGCCCGGAGCCAGAGGUGAGCCAGGGCUCAUGGGCCAAAGGGGAGAGCCUGGCCUGGUGGGAGAUGAUGGACCAGUUGGAAUCGAUGGACUCAAGGGUGACAAGGGUGACCGAGGGGAAGAAGGAGAUAAAGGAGACAAGGGGCCAGAGGGAUUGAAAGGAAAAGAAGGGCCACCAGGGGUACCAGGAAUGACCGGAGUUCAAGGACCCGAAGGAAAACCAGGGAAACCUGGAGAGAGAGGAAAACCUGGCAGAAAGGGUAGUAAAGGUCACUUGGGACAUCUAGGAGAGACCGGACCUCCAGGAGAUCCAGGACCUGAGGGGACCCAGGGACCAAAGGGAUCCCGAGGCACACGAGGAGCUCUGGGAGCUCCAGGUCGCAUGGGGGCUCAGGGUGAACCAGGAAUCGCAGGCUAUGAGGGACAUAAAGGACCACUGGGACCAAAAGGACCACCGGGCCCGAAAGGUGAAAAGGGUGAACAUGGGGAUGAUGGGAAAGUGGAAGGUCCUCCUGGCCCCCCUGGAGAUAGGGGCCCAAUCGGAGAGCGAGGAGAGAGAGGUGAACCUGGAGAUCCUGGUUAUGUUGGCCAGCGAGGGCUGGAUGGAGAGAGGGGGAAACAAGGUCAGCAAGGUUUACCGGGUAACCCAGGACCUCCAGGUAAACCAGGUGUGAAAGGUUCGAAGGGUCAAGCGGGGCGCAAGGGAAAGACAGGUUCCCAGGGCGUGCAAGGGAGUCCAGGCCCACCGGGUCCUAUCGGGCCACCUGGUUCCAGAGGUGUCAUUGGUCGACAAGGUCACGAGGGUCCUCCAGGACUGGAUGGUGCUCCCGGAAUCACUGGCAAGCCUGGAAUACAGGGAGAACAGGGGGAUGACGGGAAUGUCGGAUUCCUCGGGAAACCCGGAGGCCGUGGUCGUGUUGGUGUCCCAGGAUUACCUGGAUCUCAGGGAUCCCCUGGCUUUAAGGGAGAGAGAGGCUUGCAGGGCCAGGCCGGACCUCCUGGGAUCAAAGGGAUAGAAGGAGGAAUGGGCCUGCCUGGAAAGAGAGGCGAUCCAGGUUCCAAAGGUCAACCGGGGGACCCUGGAGAAUCUGGCUUCCCUGGACUGAUGGGAGUGUUUGGACCAAAGGGUCACCCAGGAGAUGUUGGAUUUACUGGGAUCCAGGGUCCAAAGGGACCUCCAGGAUUAAUGGUAAGCAAUCAGUUAUUGCAGGGACACGCAUCUAGGGAGUGA